GCGGGCUCUCGGGUCUUUUUUAGCGCCAUCUGCUCUCGGCGCCGCCUCCUGCUCCUCCCGUCUCCGCUGCCUCCCUGAGUCACUGCCUGCGCAGCUCCGAUCGCCUGGCUCCCCGUACUAGCUGCCGGUAUUUGAAGUUCCUACAACAUGGCAGACAUUGACAACAAAGAACAGUCUGAACUUGAUCAAGAUUUGGAUGAUGUUGAAGAAGUAGAAGAAGAAGAAACUGGUGAAGAAACAAAAAUCAAAGCGCGUCAGCUGACUGUUCAGAUGAUGCAAAAUCCUCAGAUUCUUGCAGCUCUUCAAGAAAGACUUGAUGGUCUGGUAGAAACACCAACAGGAUACAUUGAAAGCUUGCCUAGGGUAGUUAAAAGACGAGUGAAUGCUCUCAAAAACCUUCAAGUUAAAUGUGCACAGAUAGAAGCCAAAUUCUAUGAGGAAGUUCAUGAAGAAAAAGAAGACCCUAAAGGAAUUCCUGAAUUUUGGUUGACUGUUUUUAAGAAUGUUGACUUGCUCAGUGACAUGGUUCAGGAACAUGACGAACCUAUUCUGAAGCACUUGAAAGAUAUUAAAGUGAAGUUCUCAGAUGCUGGCCAGCCUAUGAGUUUUAUCUUAGAAUUUCACUUUGAACCCAAUGAAUAUUUCACAAAUGAAGUGUUGACAAAGACAUACAGGAUGAGGUCAGAACCAGACGAUUCUGAUCCCUUUUCUUUUGAUGGACCCGAAAUUAUGGGUUGUACAGGGUGCCAGAUAGAUUGGAAAAAAGGAAAGAAUGUCACUUUGAAAACUAUUAAGAAGAAGCAGAAACACAAGGGACGAGGGACAGUUCGUACCGUGACUAAAACAGUUUCCAAUGAUUCUUUCUUUAAUUUUUUUGCCCCUCCUGAAGUUCCUGACAGUGGAGAUCUGGAUGAUGAUGCUGAAGCUAUUCUUGCUGCAGACUUUGAAAUUGGUCACUUUUUACGUGAGCGCAUAAUCCCGAGAUCAGUGUUAUACUUCACUGGAGAAGCUAUUGAAGAUGAUGAUGAUGAUUAUGAUGAAGAAGGUGAAGAAGCGGAUGAGGAAGGGGAAGAAGAAGGAGAUGAGGAAAAUGAUCCAGACUAUGACUCGAAGAAGGAUCAAAACCCAGCAGAGUGCAAGCAACAGUGAAGCAGGAUGUAUGUGGCCUUGAGGAUAACCUGCACUGUAAUAGCCUAUACACAACUAUUAUUUACUUACAGCCUUAUGUUUUUGUAUUUUCUUGGUAGACUCAAUAAUUUUUUUUUAAAGGAAAGGAAUUGAUAUUUUAAAGAC